UGCGCAUGCGCAGUCUGGCAUCCUGGCAUCCUGACUCCUGCAGUAAGCUGCUGGUCGCCGUUUAGAAGGAGUUGUUGUUUGAAGCGCAACCAUGUCCACCAGCGACUUUUACCUGAGGUAUUAUGUCGGCCACAAGGGAAAAUUUGGACACGAGUUCUUGGAGUUUGAGUUCAGACCUGACGGUAAACUGAGGUACGCCAACAACAGCAACUACAAGAACGACGUGAUGAUCAGGAAAGAGGCCUACGUCCACCGGAGCGUGAUGGAGGAGCUGAAGAGGAUCAUCGACGACAGCGAGAUCACCAGGGAGGACGACACACUGUGGCCGCCUCCCGACAGAGUGGGCAGACAGGAGCUGGAGAUCGUCAUCGCAGACGAGCACAUUUCAUUCACCACUUCAAAAAUCGGCUCCCUGAUUGACGUCAACCAGGCGAAGGACUCCGACGGCCUCCGGGUGUUCUACUACCUGGUCCAGGACCUGAAGUGUCUGGUCUUCAGCCUGAUCGGGCUACACUUCAAGAUCAAGCCCAUCUAACACACUGAUUUUCCUUCUUGUCUUUUGUUAUUACCUUUACCCGAUGUUUGUUCUUCAGCUGGGGUGUUUCCUUUUUAGUU